GGGAGGUAACUAAGAUGUUGAAAGUGAAACUCAGUCCCUAAUUCUGGAAAAAGAGAGAAUUGUUUUUAUGAGAGCACUGUUGUCAGUCCUCAGACAGCCAUGGACAUUCCAUUUCCAAGGCAGAUGGGCAGUAAGAACAACCAUGCCUUGAUCCUACAGCAACACCUGCAUGACCAGAUGAUGUCACAGUCAGAGUUCUGUGAUGUCACUCUGGUGGUGGAGAAUGUGGAGAUAAAAGCUCACUGGUGUGUUUUAGUAUCCUGCCCCUACUUCCAGUCUCUCUAUGACAGUGGCCUUGCAGAGAGAUUUUCAGGGACUGUCAAGUUACACAUCGGAAAGCCUUCCUCUGUCCGCUCUGCAUUAGAGUUUCUAUAUCUCGGUAAUGUUGAAAUCAGCUAUGAAAAUGUACAAGAUUUGCUGGAGGUUGCUGACUAUUUCCAGAUUACAGAGUUAAAACGAGCAUGCCAGGACUACCUCUACUCCGUGAACAUCAACACCGAUAAUUGUGUUCGAAUCUGUCUGAUGUGCAGUCUCUAUGACCUUGACUUAUACACAAGGGCAUUUGAUUUUUUACGUGGAAAUCUACCAGAGGUUAUGCAGAAAGAAGACAUUUUAUCACUUACCCAUGACUCUGUGAUGUCCCUGUUAUCUGAUCCGUCCCUAUGUUAUGUGUCUCAGGAAGACUUUUUCCAUUUCAUAGUUCGCUGGGUGCAAUCAGAACAGGAGGUUAGGCUAGUGUACUUUGAAGAACUUUUUAGUGCUCUGAAUCUUCUCAAUAUUCCAAAGAAAUUCCUUGAGGAAGUUAUAGAGAAACACAAGUUUGUAAACAGCAGCAGAAAUUGUAAAGAUAUGGUGCUCAAUGUAAAAUCAAAGUAUAGCGCAGGACUUAUUGCGGAAGAUCCCGCUACAAGAGAUGUUAUUAUCAUGGCAGGUGGUUGUGGUCACGGCCUAUACUUCAACAAUCUCUUUCAUCUAUUCCCAUUCUCAGAAAGUAUAUCUGUUAGUACUGUGUACGGGUUUAUAGUGAAUGAAGGACGUUGGAUAGAGUUAGCUCCCUUACCUGAGCAGAUGAGAAAACCAGUCAUCACAUAUGAUCCCAGAGGCUACUUGUAUGUGCACAACACCUCCCAUUCACACUAUGACUCGAUUUUCAUCAUAUUUAAAUAUAGUAUCGAGGUGAAGACGUGGACUAGCUUUCGACUCCAAGUACCAGACAGUAUUUCGAAUGUUAGUAUCCAGAACAUUAUUUCAUGCAACAGUGAUUUGUUUGCAAUUAUCUCUGGCAGUAUGCCUUCUCCAACCAAAGCACCACCUGUUGAAGAAUAUUAUACAGUUCUUAUUGAGGUCAAGGAGGACGCAGAAAGUGUUAUCAAGUGCAAUCUUUUUCCAGGGGAUAUCUCGCAUGCACAGGUCACAUCUGUCGGGAUGAACAAUCGCCAUGUCUGUGUGCUGGCAUGGAAACAUGGUGGGAAAAGCAAAAAGAGUCAUGGUCCAAAGUUCAUUAUGUAUGAUACGGUCUGCGGGAAAAGGACUGACCAUUCCAAGGGAGCAUUCUGGGAUACCUUUUUGAUUCCUGUAGGAAAUGAACUCCUUGCUUGUAGAAUGGGUAAACAUUCAGCAAAGAAGUACUCCUUUGCUGAAAAACGAUGGAAGUUAGUCAAAACUCAGAUGAUAACACAUCUACCUGAGGAUCCAAACCGUCUUGACAUCUCCUAUCACUCGGAUGGUGCCAACUUUUACGUGUUUGGUGGAAGAGACGCCUCAACAAAGAAGCUUCUCGAUUCUGCUUUCAGGUUUAAUUAUGAGACCAAGAAAUGGUCCAAGCUGGAGAAUAUGCCACAGGCACUGAUGCAGAGUGCCACUUGUCAUGUUAAGAUGCCAACAGACCAUGUACGAUGCCACAUUAGCUGUCCGCACUGUGUUUACCACACUCGUAAGAGUCAAGCAGUGUACAACGUGGAGUGCCCAUAUGAUGAAGGGGAUGAUGACACAGACUGUGAUUAUUCAUAUGAUGAUGACGAUGAUUAUGCUUCUGACCAUUGGGAAGAUUACUUUGACUAUUAUGAUCCAUACCAGGACUGGUACUGAUCCACUCCCCCGCAGUGGUACACUGAGAGGAAUUACUUUGACUGUUAUGAUCUGAACCAGGACUGGUUCUGAUCCACUUCCCCACCAGUGGUACACUGUGAGAAUAACUUUGACUGUAAUGAUCUGAACUAGGACUGGUACUGAUCACUCCCCUCCAGUGGUACACUGUGAGAAUUACUUUGACUGUAAUGAUCUGAACCAGGACCGGUACUGAUCACUCCCCCCAGUGGUACACUGAGAGAAUUACUUUGACUGUAAUGAUCUGAACCAGGACUGGUACUGAUCACUUCCCCCAGAGGUACACUGAGAGGAAUUACUUUGACUGUUAUGAUCUGAACCAGGACUGGUACUGAUCACUUCCCCUCCAGUGGUACACUGAGAGAAUUACUUUGACUGUAAUGAUCUGAACCAG